CCAAGCCACAGUAUGGAAGCUAUUGCCAAGUUUGAUUUCAGUGCAUCUGGAGAGGAUGAGUUGAGCUUCCAGGCUGGUGAUAUGCUGAAGGUUUUGAGCUCCCAGGAAGAGUGGUACAAGGCUGAGUUCCGAAGUCAAGAGGGCUACGUUCCUAAGAACUUCAUUGAUUUUCACGUUCCCCCCUGGUUUGAUGAGAAGAUAUCCCGCCACGAAGCAGAGAACACCCUCAUGAGCAAAGGAGUUGGCUCCUUCAUCGUCCGAGCCAGUCAGAACUCUCACGGUGACUUCUCCAUCUCUGUCAGGCAUGAAGAUGAUGUGCAACACUUCAAAGUGAUGAGGGAUUCAAAGGGUAACUAUUACUUGUGGACAGAGAAAUUUCACUCACUAAACAAGCUGGUGGACUACUACAAGACGACUUCCAUCUCCAGGCAGAAGCAGAUCUUACUGCGGGACAGUAGCCAAGAAGAUAAGGAGAGGCGUGGGGGGAGCCUGGAACGGAUGGGUUGGGAAGGAUUCCACCUGGAUGCAGCAGCUGGAGAAGAUCGUUCUUCUAUAGCCAAGAGAUACACAGAGCACCCUGUCCCCAUACUGCAGCAGCAACAGGAUAGAUAUGGUGGGAGUCUGGACAGGAAGGAUGGGCUGUACGGACUAAGGGAACAUGGCCAAGGAAGUGCAACAGCUAUGCAACGAAGAUAUACAGACCCACUGUACCAGCAGACACCAAGAACUCUGUGGGUCCGUGCCUUGUAUGACUUUGAUGCUGUGGAGCACGAUGAGCUGGGCUUCCGCACGGGAGACAUUUUAGAAGUCCUGGACAGCUCCAACCCAUCUUGGUGGAAAGGACGACUGCGUGGAGAACUGGGUCUCUUCCCUGCCAACUAUGUCACACCAGUGCUCCUGUAAGGGCACGGUCUGCCUCAGAGGGCCACACUGGAACUGCUCUUCUGACAUGGCAGGGCCAAAGAGGGAAUGCAUCUUCCCCUACCCCCAGGACAUACAGUGUUUUGGGGUUUCUCUUAAUUUAUUGGCAAUCAAAAUGCUGGUAUGAAAGAAAACCCUUUGAGGAUGAUAGGAAAUUUUCCCCCUAUUUUUCACGUACAUGAAGGAGAAAAAUCCUGGACUGUUCAUCGAGACUUUACUGGAUCCUCCCUGUCCUGUUCCUGCGUUUAGGUUUGUUAUGUGGAAGUGCACCUCAAAUAAUUUAGGCAACCCUACCCCUUCUUUUUUUGGCCUGGUAGCACUUGUAGCCUCUUCAGGCUCCAUUUCACCUUUCUUUCAGAGGCAGGAGAAUACCCCAGGUUAAUUAAAUGGUAAUUUGAUAAUGAUCAUUUGAUCAACUGAUAAUCACACAUCCUUCAGAUAGAGAAGGAAAGUGAGGGGGGUUUAGGUUGAGGUGCAAGGCAACCUUGACUUCUCUAAAUAGUUUCUGGCUCUCUC